GUGCCAAUUCUAGUGGAUCUCAAAAAUACGAUUUUCGAAUUUUAAAAAUUAACUUUCUUAAAGAUGUGAUCCAACUUCCUAAUCGUAAAUCUUCUGCUGAUGCCAAGGAAUUACAAUCGGUUAAGGAUACACAAGUUGCGUUGGCAAAAAUUGGUGUGGGUGUGACACAAGAGGCUCAGGAUAUUUUUGAUGCAAUGAGCAAGACGUGGCAUAAAGAAUCAAUUAUAGUUCUAGAUGAGGUGAUUAUCAAUCCACCAUAUGAUAUAGAGAAUUGUAAAGCAAAUAUAGGUUCGGCAGAAUUAUUGGCAAGGGUUCGAAAAGUG